AUGUUAGCAGGAGAUGAUGCCACUCAAAAUAUAGAAAACUUUGCAUUUGACCUAAAGCUCAGCAUUGGAAGUGGCUAUAGUUUCGUUUCUGAUAAUGAACUUUCCAGUUCAACUAAAUACGUACAGGACGGGGAUUGGACUCUUGCUUUCAAAGCCCAGAGUCUGACAGGAAUUUCACCCUAUGAAAUCUACAAGUCACAGGGAGUUCGGCACGAAGUCAGGGGUUCAUUUCCAGAACGCUGCACCAAGCUGGCUAAGGUUCGAUUUCUGGUUAUUAUCAACAGUGAAAUAAAGAGAGAAAUUAUUUUUGACGGAAAAAACAGCAACAACACCGACUGGUUUUCUAGUCGGCGGAUCCAAAGUUCAUCUUGGACGGAUCUUACACCAACCCAAACAUACAAUCUUUUCUCUCUUCAAGGGAUACAAGAUGGCAGAGUGAACAGACACUGGUCAAUUUCCCACAGUUUUGGGGGAUGUCCGAACGACAGGGCCUGGUUCACCAUCUCAUUCUACCCUCCCACCGGAUGUGACUUUGAUAAACGAGAAUCAGCGAUGCCAAACUUCGUCGUCUGUCCCGGAACUACAAUGUGCAAUAUGCAAAGAGAUUCAAUCAAUGCAGACGCAUUUGCUAUCCAGAUUAAAGCUAGAAAUAAGUUGCCGAUGAUGUAGUUGGAGUGAAUCAAAGAAGAAUAAAGACUUAUCUAGUGACGGCUGUUUAUAUACCUGAAAGAAGAAUGAAUCAUGUGAAAACAUUUUGAUACAUAAAAUACAUGCAUAUGGUCGAUAUUAGCAAGUCUGUUUCUAUAAGUUUUUAAUAUCUUGAAAAAAUAAACAUGUACC